AUCCCUUGAGGCAGGUAGCUACGUUCUGAUUUGCUUCAUCAUGCCUGACUCAGCCCUAAUGAUAGGCAGCCCUACACCGGUUUGAAACAGGACUCUUAGCAGCAUCAUCUUUCACAAGGUGCUAAUGUGAACAUCAAACAUUGUACCUAAACCUUGAUGCUUAACAGCAAACUAUAAAACAGCAACGGCCAAGGCAGACGUUUUUCUGCAAAGGACCUUUAUCAUUGGGAGUGGCUUUUGCUUUGUGUGUAAAGGAAGCCUCUACUGGAGCGGCUGCAGGGCUUGGAUGUUGAGGUUCAUCUGAAAUGCUUUUCUGGCUGAGAGAGGAAGAAAUGUCUCUUCAAGAGCUCAACCAACGAUUGCACUGUGUGAUCACUCAUGUUGAUGAAAUAAUGCAGCAGGAAAUACGACCUCUGCUGGCAGCCGAUAUCAUAGAGCAACUUCACAGACAAUUCGCCAUUCUGUCAGGGGGGAGAGGCAACAAUGGAGCUCCACUAAUAACAUUUCCUGAAUAUUCUGGCUUUGGGGAUCUUCCUGAUGAAGAUUUCCUUAACGUUGUAACAUAUCUCACUAGCAUUCCCAGUCUGGAGGCUGCCAGCAUUGGAUUCAUCAUUGUUAUAGACCGACGCAGGGACAAAUGGAGCGCUGUGAAGGCGUCAUUGACACGGAUAGCGGGGGCAUUCCCAGGGAACCUGCAGCUUGUUCUGGUGCUGCGUCCCUCCCGCUUCAUUCAGAGAACCAUCGCUGACAUUGGCAUGAAGCUGCACCGAGAUGACUUUAAAAUGAAGGUACCGAUCAUCAUGUUAAACUCAGUCUCAGAUUUACAUGGCUACAUUGAUAAAAACCAGCUUACAUGUGAACUUGGAGGGACCUUAGACUACUGCCAUAACCAGUGGAUUCAUCAUCGAACUGCUACUGAGAAUUUUGCAGUGACGGUGAAGACGACGGCGCAGAUGUUGCAGAUGUUUGGUACCAAUCUGGCUGAGACAGAACUCCCGAACGACGUUCACUGUACAGAGGAUCUCCUGGUCUCUCACACAGAAAAGCAUGACAAGCUCAGGGAUGAACUCCAACUGGCAUUGAAACAGGGAACCACCAUCCUCUCUUGCAUUAACGAACGAGCAAUCAAAAACACAAGCUACAAACUCAACCAUGACGAACUGGAAAAUGUUGCUACAGUUGAACGGCUGCUGGCGCAGUUGGAUGAAACAGAAAAUGCUUUUGAGCAGUUUUGGGCCAAGCAUCAUCUAAAACUAGAGCAGUGUUUACAGCUGCGGCAUUUCGAGCAGGACUUUCGAGAGGUCAAACUUGCUUUGGACAGCCUUGUGGAGACUCUGGCUGCUUUCACAGACAUUGGAGAUAGUGUAUCUCGAGUAGAACAACUUCUUAAGGAGCUUAAAGUAUUGGAGGAGAAAGCUCAGGAAUCUUUGGAAAAGGCCCAGUUGCAAGCCCUGCACGGAGACCAGUUGAUCCAAAGUAACCAUUACGCUGUCGACUCCAUCAGACCCAAGUGUGUUGAACUCAGGCGAAUCUGCGAUGAUUUUAACAAUGAAACAAAGAAGAAGUACGACAUAUUGGGGAAAUCCUACGAAAUACAUACAAAAAUAGACAAGGUUAACCAGUGGUGUGAUGCUGGAAUAUACCUGCUGGCAUCCCAGGCAGUGGAUAAGUGCCAGUCUCAAGAAGGUGCUGAAUCUGCCCUGCAUGACAUUGAAGAGUUUAAUGAAACUGCAAAUGAGAAUCAGCCGGGCAACCUUAAAGAACUUCACAAUCAGUUUGAAAUUAUUCUCACGUCUGACGUAAAGGCCAAUGUCCAGAAGGCCCUCCAGAGACUAGGAGAUGUGCAGGAAAUGAUUGAAAAGAGACAAGUCAGUCUUAAGAAGUUGUCAGCUAAGCAGACCCGGCCUGUGCAGCCUGUGGCCCCCCGCCCAGAAUCUUCUCCGAAACGGGCAUCCCCUAAACCAGUCACAAACACUGGUCCCACAGCAGCACCUACUCGAAGGGCAUCUGAGAGUUCCAGUACCCCCAAGCCUCCUACUGAGGCUGAACUGGCAAAAAAGAAAAACCCCAGAAAAACUAGAGGUGGAAUCAAGAUUGAAGUAAUGCACGAAGCCAGCCAAGGAGGGUCCAGCCACAUGCUGGUGACAAAUGAAACCGAGGAAUGCCUGUCAAACAGACGAAGGCACAUCAUGAAUGAGCUCAUAGACACAGAAAGAGUAUAUGUGGAAGAGCUUCAAAGCAUCAUUGAGGGUUAUUCUGCUGUGAUUGACAACCCAGAAUUUGCCAAUCUUGUUCCAACUGCUCUUCAAAAUAAAAAGGAAGUGCUUUUUGGCAAUCUUGGUGAAAUAUAUGAGUUCCACAACAGGACAUUUCUUAAAGAACUAGAAAAUUGCAUAGAAAAUCCAGAACUGGUGGGAACUUGUUUUUUGAAGAGGAAAGAGGAUCUUCAGAUUUAUGAAAAAUACUGUCAGAACAAACCUCGUUCUGAAGCUCUAUGGAGACAAUGUGGAGAUAGUCAGUUCUUUCAGGAAUGCCAAAGGAAACUGGAUCAUAAACUUUCUCUGGAUGCCUAUUUACUGAAACCUGUUCAGAGGAUCACCAAGUAUCAGCUGAUGCUAAAGGAGAUGCUCAAAUGUAGUAAGAACUCAGAAGGCACUGCAGAGCUGGAGGAGGCCCUAGCGAGCAUGCUGGACAUCAUCAAGUCAGUUAAUGACUCUAUGCAUCAGAUUGCUAUUACUGGUUUUGAGGGUAACCUGAAUGAUCUUGGCAAACUGCUGAUGCAAGGGUCCUUCAGCGUGUGGACAGACCACAAAAAAGGACACAGCAAGGUGAAGGAUCUUGCCCGGUUCAAGCCCAUGCAGAGGCACCUCUUCCUGUAUAACAAGAUGCUGCUGUUCUGUAAGAAACGAGAGGAGACUGUGGAUGGCCAUGAGAAGACCCCAUCUUACGGCUUUAAGCAUGCAUUAAAGAUGAGCGCUGUUGGCAUCACAGAAAAUGUGAAAGGAGACAGCAAGAAGUUUGAGGUGUGGUACAAUGGCAGGGAGGAAGUCUACAUAAUUCAGGCCUCAUCGAUGGAUGUGAAGAAUCUAUGGGUUACUGAAAUCAGAAAAGUGUUGACAGGACAAUUGGAAGCAUGCAGAGAGGCAAGCCAGCUUCACCAAAGGAUCACUGAAAAUGUAUAUCACGCUCCUAUGAAUUCCCCCAAUGCAAGAAAUAUGAGAAAGUCUUCUUGCAAGCAAGAAAGCAACAAGUCUGAAUCCUCAAGCCCUGAAACAGUUAAUAAGAGAAGCAGCAUCUCUAGUCUCAACACUAGACAAAAGAGAACUGAUGCUUCUGCCAGUCAUAAUCUUGAGUGUUCUGCUCUUGCUAAAAAGCGAUUCACAUUGCAGGGUCUUUCCAACCGAAGGCCUCACUCUAAAGAGCCUCAGUCUAAGGAGACAGAAGUCACACGUCGCUUCUCUUUAGCCUCCUCAAUCAGUUCCUCAGCUACUAGACGCACAAAAGGUGCUCUUGCUCCUAAUCUUAAAGCUAAGAGGCAUGAAAUAAAGAGUGACCCCACUCCAUUGGGGUAUGAAGAUACUUUAAGAGAUGCUGUACCGGCUGAAAGCAAACGCAGCAGUACUAUAAGUACAAACUCAGCUGUUACUAGAUCUACUUCCCAGCCAGGCUGGACAAAUAGACAGAUUCCAUCGCUGGACACUUGCGAGGAUUUUGAAGCGAUCCCUUCCAGCCCAGAGGAGCUCUCCAACUCUUCAGAGGCAGAGGAGGAACCCAAUAACAAAAAUGACCAUGGUGUGUUUCAAGUUCAGGUGACCUAUGAUGCCAAAACCUCUGAAGAGCUGUCCCUGGAGUCUGGGGAUUUAGUGCAGUUUCUGGAGGAAGGGGAGAAUGGCCAGUGGCUAGUCAAGAACCUUAUAACUCAGAAGACAGGGUUGGUUCCAUCCAGCAUACUGAAAACAGCUGGAGGAGUUCACUUAAACAGUAAUUCUGAUUUCUUCAGUGAUAUGUGCACCGCUGCGUUAACUGACACUGAAGAAAGUGAAUACAUGGGGAAUAGAGCUCCCGAAACAAAGGUUGAAAGUUGAACCCCUGGAUUGCCUUUGCAUCUCUCUGCCUGUGCCAUGCAUUCCAUACUCCCCAAGGUAGAGAGCACUGCAGAGGAAGCUGUUUUUCUCAUCUAAAGACUAGGAGUUCCAGCUUCCCUCCAGUAUAUAACCCCCUGACACUCAGCUGUGACUAUAAAGCAGAUCAACAAUGCACUUGGCUGCUUCAUCUCAUGGCAAGAGAACUGCAUUCACGCUUAAAUAUAAACUUAUUCUGAUGGAAUAAAGUGGUGCUUUAUGCAUUUUAUUUAGCACUGUUUCAGUGCCUUUCCUAUAGCUUGAUUCUUCAGUUCCUUAUAUGGAGCUUAACCGGUAUGGUAUAAAACAAGAGGUCUGUGACUGAGUGAGAUGCCAAAUUCAGAGAUAGAAAAGCUACUGUGGAACUUGAAGUAAGAUGAUUGUCAUAUGUCCAUUUCUACACCAGAAAUAUUAACUCUUUGAAAUAAUUGUAUGAUCACGUUGAGCUGUUGUAGAACUUAAAAUUGUAAUUCUCUUGUCAGGUGACUGGUUCUGGUGUGUUUUGCUGGUUGUGUUGUCAUAGUGUUUACUUGUCAACUUUCUAUGAUAAUAUGGACCAAUAAUGGCACAAUAUUAAGCAUACCAAAUUAUGUUUACAAUAUCAAAUACAAUUGUUUUGCUUGAGCACUGAAAUAUAUUAUGGUGAUGAUAAACUGGCUUUCUAAGGACACUGGGUCUGUGAGAUGUUGAUGUUUAAUACAGUUCCAUAUUAAAUACAGAUAUGUUUUAUGUUUAAUACAGUUCAGAUUACAUGAUAAACUGCUAGGGGUGUGAAAAGAGGAAUAGGCAGAGCCAACCAGAAGUGGAUAAGGCCGCCUCAAAAGUGGGUCGAGCCAAACACAGGUGUAAAAAAUGUGGUUCUGUCCAAACGUGUGGGCCCGUCCCCAUCCUGCACAUUCCUACUGAUUUAUAAUAAAUAUAAAUAUAAUUUAUUUAUCAUAUAUAGGGUAUCUUUACUGUCUUCUCCUAGUCUGCAACAAUGAGAUACUUAACAAAAAAAAUGAAGCACUUCUGUAUGUUUCUCAUAUUUUACAUUUUUAUUUAUCUAUUUAUUUAUUAAGUAAAUAUUUAACCUUUUUGUACAAUACCUGUGGCCAGAAAUACAUCUAUGGCCAAAAGUUUUGCAUCACCCUAUAAAAUUAACUAAUUUAGCUUCAUAAAGUCUAUUGAAACCUGCUGAAUAAUGUUACAUACCGUUUUGUAGUUUUCCAUAUACUUAAUGAAAAACUGACAAUUUUAAAAUGUGACAUUUUGAAAUCGAACAUGAAAUACUGUACUACUAUUAUGGCUUCCGGUAGACACUUGUGAUAUCAUUUAUUCUUUGAUUACAUGUUAAUUCACAGGGCGCUCGCUGGGACUAUAGGAUAGGACAGAGGAGGCAGAACCGAGCUGUUAGUGGGACAGUAGCGAGUGGAGAGAGCACGACUUGGAGAAGUGAGCUGCCGGUCCGGACUUCUGAACAGGCAGUGGCCUGAAUAGAAAGAGAUCCCUGACCAUGGAACAGAGGGCUCUGUCUCGAAGGCUGAGUGCCCAGAGGAGCUGACAACAUAAGAAAGCUCUGACCCGGCAGAGUAGCCUCCUGGGGCGAGAGAAUAGGUCUUAGCGUUGCUGGGACCUGAAAGGAAGUGAUAGAAGAGGGUUCCCUAACCAAUCUGGUGCUGCCCUCGAAUGAGGUGAGACGCUGCCUCUGAAGUCGGGAGCAGUGGAGCAUCAUGCAGGGAACCUGUAAGGAAACAGAGCAGAUGGGUUAGUCGGGUCUCAAGCACUAGAGAUAGAAUAGAGCCUCAACGUGAUGAGGUAAGAUAAGCACAUGAGCUACGAAAGGAUAGUGUGGCUGGGGGUCCUCUCUGACUCGCGUGUUGAGAACCUCCCUUUAACGAAGGUUGAGGAAGCGUAGCUUGACCUAAGGUCGGGGAGGUUGGGCUCACUUACCCCCAAGAAGGGAAUCGAUGCAAAGGAAAGUGCGAAAGGAGGAGGGGAGGAGGAGGAAAACACAAACAUUAGACAGGGAAGGUGUGUGUGAUUAGUCUUUAAAUAGGAAAUUGGUAAUGAUAGACAGCAAAUAAGGGUCCCAGCUCUCGCCCCCUGAAUCUCACAAAAAGGCUAACAUAAAAAAAAGAUCAAAAUUAUGUUCAUAUAGUGUUUUUGUUUAUUUGUUGGUUUUAGUUAUAUCUCAAUCCUAAAAUUCUAGGUGAUGAAAAACUUUUGGCCAUAGCUGUACAGUACAGUACUGAUUGCUUUAGUGGGAGACUUAAUCCAUGUCCAAGAGCAAAGUUUGUACUGGGCCUGGACAAAAAAAAUAGAAACACCUGCCAUACCAUUAAAUGGUUCUGGAGGAAUAAGUGACCAAUCCUUCAUGAUUUCUACCAUUUGCAUCUACCAGAAUGGGCCGCAGAGUCCUCACUUUUCCAAGUAUUACAUAUCUAACAGCAGCCACCUAUUAGUAUUUUAUUAAAGUCGGUCUGAUCUGUAUUUUCCAUUGUGACUGAAGCUGUCCUUGCAGUUUGCACUUGAUAGACUAUACAUUCCAAUUGAUAGACUAUACAUUUACAAUGAUUUUUCCAUGUUUGGACUUUACAAUGCUUACCUGUGAUUUAAUAACAAGGGUAAAAAUAUUGCAGGGAUGCCAUUUGCAUAACGUACCAGUCACGUAUGCUCAAGUCACAGGUGAUUUUUCUUUGUCCAGCCCUUGUAAAUUGUGAAAUGGUUGAACCAGUGAAAGAUGUGCAUAUGACGCUCCAAUACAAUGAUGCUGUGUAAGUCAACCAGUCACUUCACAGACUUGUAUAGUCAGAAUGUGUUGAGCUCCUUUGCUGUGGUAGGCUGUAUUUAUUUAAAAACAACAGGAAGUACUUUUAAAAUUAGACGCAGACUGCUUUUGAAAAAUGUAAUUCGCACAAUGCUGUAAAUUCCGUUUCUGUACAUUUUAAACUUAAUAAGAAUUACAAUGCAUUAUAAUGAA